UGUCCCGUAUCCAAUUUGCUUCAAGCCUUCGACACAGUCGGCUCGGGGCCGGCCUAAACGGCUAGAUCCAACCCACUGAAAGCCUUGCUCUCUUUCCCUGCUCUUCUGCAUCCUCCUCUUCUUCCGUCCGUCGCCAUGGCUCCCAAGGUUUUGAUGGUCGCGGAGAAGCCCAGCAUCGCGCUCUCCAUCGCCUCCGCCAUCUCCGGCGGUCGCAUGUCUACGCGGAAGGGAAGUACAGAUGUCCACGAGUUUGAUGGGACGUUUCAGGGUUCUCAGGCAUUUUUCAGAGUGACAUCAGUCAUUGGACAUGUCUUCAGUGUAGAUUUUCCACCUGCAUAUCAAAACUGGGAAGGGACUGAUCCAGUAGACCUUUUUAAUGCUCCAGUUCUGAGAUCUGAGUGCAAUCCAAAGGUUCAUAUCCGCAGGCAUCUAGCCCAGGAAGCUCGAGGCUGCACGUAUCUAAUACUUUGGCUCGACUGCGACCGAGAAGGAGAAAACAUUUGCUAUGAAGUAAUUAAUUGCACUGGGAUUCCUGAAAAUGAGGUUGGCAGAAGAAUAUUCCGAGCCAAAUUUUCAUCUGUAACCGAGAAAGACAUAUCGAAUGCUAUGGAUAAUCUUGUGUUGCCAAACAAAGAUGAGGCACUAUCUGUGGAUGCUCGCCAAGAAAUAGACUUGAAGGUAGGAGUAGCAUUUACUCGAUUUCAGACCCGAUAUUUUCAAGGAAAAUAUGGAAAUCUCGACUCUAGAGUCAUUUCGUAUGGUCCUUGUCAAACACCUACACUUGGAUUCUGUGUACAGCGCUAUCAGCAAAUUAACACAUUCAAGCCAGAGAAAUUCUGGUCUUUGAGAACCUAUGUUAUCAAAGAUGGUGAUGAAAUACAGCUAGAAUGGGACAGGAAGAAACUCUUUGAUUUCGAUGUCACUGUAAUGUUCCAGAAGAUGGUAGCCAAUGAUGGAACUCUAAUAGUAACAGAUAUAUCUGUGAAGGAAGAGUGCAAAGCUCGCCCAUCUGGUCUUAAUACAGUGAAUUUGCUUAAGGUUGCAUCGAGUGCGCUAGGUAUUGGACCCCAGACAGCUAUGCACAUGGCCGAACGGCUUUACACUCAAGGAUACAUCAGUUAUCCGCGUACAGAGAGCACUGCAUACCCUGCGUCAUUUGAUUUUAGAAGUGUGCUUUCUGCGCUAGUGCAUAAUCCGUUGUGGUCUAAUAACAUCCGUACCUUAAUGGAUGCUGGUUUCGUUAAGCCUCGUCAAGGUCAUGAUGCUGGGGACCAUCCCCCAAUUACUCCAAUGAGAUCAGCAUCAGAGGAAGCUUUGGAAACUGAUGCGUGGAGGCUGUACCAGUACAUAUGCCAGCAUUUUAUUGGCACCGUCAGUCCUGAUUGUAGAUAUACAAGGACUGCAGUUGAGUUCACUUCAGGUGGAGAGAUUUUCCGUUGUGUUGGCCAUCGAGUCACUUCGAAAGGAUUUACAUCUAUUAUGCCAUGGCUUGCUGUGGCCGAGAAUAAUCUUCCUACAUUUAAAAAUGGAGACACUGUUAGUAUUCAUAAGGUUGACAUAUAUGAGGGAAGCACCACACCUCCUGAUUAUCUUAGUGAGAGUGAAUUGAUCUCUCUCAUGGAGAAGAAUGGCAUAGGCACAGAUGCAUCAAUUCCUGUGCAUAUAAACAACAUUUCUGAACGUAAUUAUGUCCAGGUAAAUUCUGGAAGAAGAUUAGUACCAACUGCCCUGGGAACUACUUUGAUAAGAGGAUAUCAGUGUAUUGAUGCUGAUCUCUGCCUGCCAGAUAUUCGAAGCUUCAUUGAGCAACAGAUUACUCUAAUUGCAAAAGGCAAAGCUGAUCAUCUUCAAGUUAUUCAACAUGUUAUUCAGCAGUUUAUGAAAAAGUACUCUUACUUUGUGAAGAAGAUUGAAAACAUGGAUGCGUUGUUUGAAGCACAGUUUUCACCUCUGGCAGACUCUGGGCGUCUAUUGAGCAAGUGUGGAAAAUGUGGUCGGUAUAUGAAAUAUAUUUCCACUCAGCCAAUGAGAAUGUAUUGUAUAACUUGUGAGGAGGUCUAUUAUCUUCCCCAGAAUGGUACCAUUAAGCUUUACAAGGAAAUUAUUUGCCCGCUUGAUGGUUUUGAGUUGCUUCUGUUCUCAAUGGUGGGCCCUGAUGCAAAAUCUUUCCCACUAUGCCCCUGUUGCUAUAAUAGUCCUCCAUUCGAAGGCAUCGACAAACUUUUUGGUGCUAUCAAGCUUGAUGACACCGGCAAGCUUGGGAAAGGAGCUGGCAUGCCUUGCUUCCUUUGCCCACACCCGACAUGCAAACAAUCAAUGAUAACUCAAGGAGUUUGUGCUUGUCCAGAGUGUAGUGGUACCCUAAUUCUUGAUCCAGUUAGUGCGCCCAAAUGGCGCCUUCUCUGCAAUAUGUGUAACUGUGUUGUCUUACUCCCACAUGCCGCUCAUAGAAUCACCACUACAGAUAAGAAGUGCUCAACAUGUGAGUCUACUAUCAUUGAAGUUGACUUCAAUAAGAAAGCUACCCCUCUUGAAGAUGGAGCUACUUUGCAUGAGGGUUGCAUCUUGUGUGAUGAGCUGUUACAUUCACUCAUUGAGAUGAAGCAUGGGAAAUCCUUUUUUAUGCGGAGAGGCAGAGGGAGAGGUAGGGGUAGAGCCCGUGGGAGAGGAGGCAGCCGGGGCAGGGGACGACGGGGGAACUCAAGGCAUGACGAUCCUAAGAUGAGUUUCAGAGAUUUUUGAAGGUUUAUGUUGCGCAGGUCUUUUUGGUUUAAAAUGUCAAAUUUAUUAUUGUUGAAAUGUUGAAUUAUGUUGUUGAAGAUCCAGAAGAACUAGGCAAAUAUAUUAACAAGCAUUAUGGAGCAUAUAUUUCUUUGUAUUUACUUGUGUAAAUUUUAAGGGGCAAUAUUCCUUGACGAUAUCCUUUUGUUUGGAAUUAAGUAUAUCUACCUGAAAGCUUGGCCUUUUUACUGUUUUUAUGAGAAUAGUAGUCCUUAAUAUUCAUUUACGGCCGUCCUCUUUUCUUCGCCACUAUGGCCUUUUAAUAUCCUAAGUCAUGCUUAUGCAGGAAUGGUCCCAAUUCUUAGUUGUUGCUACACUCUGUUCCGAAUUAUAAGACUGCCAAAAUGUCUUACAAGUCGAUAGAUGUAGUUACUAAGUACGGAGUACUAGUUAGGCUUUUACAUUAAAUCGCAUGCAAGUUAUUGCUGAUGUCCUAUGUCUUAUGCUUUAGUCACCUUACAUGAAUCAGAGCAGUGCAGUUGUAGGUUCAUUGUGAAUUUUAUAUUUACCUUAAUUUUGGCUUGAGAAA